GCUCCAACAUUUCUCCAUGUCCCCCAAGCUCCAGGUCGUCGCGGGCCAUCAGCGCGUGGACGCGCCGCUCACGUCGCCCGAGAAGCGCCGCAAGGUGACGCCGCAAGACGACGGCAAGCAAGAGCUCAAGUCGCCGGAAGAGCUCGCGGAUGCGAUGGCCUUUGUCCAGAAAUCUUAUGUGCUCGCCAAGCGCUGCAUGGACCUCCAGCAGUACGGCUGCGCGUUCCGCAUCCUCGCCAAGGUCGAAGCGACGACGCGCCUCAUUGCGAAAGAAAGCCGCCGUGGCAUCUUGUCCAAGGUCAACAACCAGCGCUACGAGUCCAACCAGCAGGCCGAGAGCGACGACGACGAAGUCCUCGAGCGCGUGCGCAAGGUGUCGUUCUCGGACGACGUGUGCGUGGGCACCGCCGAGGACAUUGACCGGUCGAUUUCGCCGGUCGCGCGCCCGAGCGUCGAGGAAAUGCUCUUUGUCCGCGCCUGCCGCGACAUCCCGACCGAAAACUACACGCUCUACAACUGGGCCCUCAACGACGCAUAGAAGACGUCCUCUCGCUGCGCGCGCCCGCAU